AUGGCGUCGCCUGUUCCACCCCCACCAGACUUGGCAAGUUCGGAUCAAGGAGCAGCUGCCACAAGUAAUGAACCUGUUGGGGGCCAAAGGUCCUGGGAGCGUGCCUGGGAUGUGAAUGAGAUGAGAAAAGAAGCUGGGAAUUGGUCCUUAGCAGCUGAUGCAGGGCUUUUACUUCACCUUCAAGAAUUUUCCCAGAGGAUGAUUUUGAGAGUCCAUGAGAUUGAAAAAGGUGUGGAUGGACUACUGCAUGACUCCAAGCUAACCUCUGUAAGGGUAAACAAUGUCUUCAAUGACUUUAUCAUGCUGGCUAAUACACAGUUUGUGGAAAAUCGUGUCUAUGAUGAAGAUGUGAGCCAAGAGGGAGAAACUAAGGAAGAAACCAAACCAGAGGACCAGGAGAAGACACGAGAACAGAAAGAAGCUGAACUCAUCCCCAAAGUCAAAGAGGCUUUGACUCUUGGCAUCAAUGUGAUAGAUGAUGCUUUUGAGAAACUUGACAGCCAUGUUGCUGACUCUGAUUCUGAGGAUGAUGAUGAAACAGGAUAUAGAGUUGACCCCAUCUUAGAACCUAAGGAUCCGUACCUCAAUCGACCACUUCCUCUACUGAUUGGAACACCAAACUUCCUGUCAGAUGACAAUGUAGGAUUGUUAGAGGAAGAAUCGGAAGAGGAGGAGAGUGAUCAAGGAAGCAUUAGUGAAAGUGACUCAGAAGAAGAAACGAAACCGGAGUCGUCCGAUGAAUACUCGUAUAGCGACAGUGAAAGUGAUUCUGAUGCACCAAAAUCAAAGCCUGCUCCCAAAAAAAUUACAAGGGAAAGUUCUGAUGAGAGCGAUGAGAGUGAUGAGGACAUGUUUAUAGAAAAAAGAAGGAACAGCGAUGAUGAGGAAGAUACUGAGACAGAGGAAUCAGAGGAUGAAAUCAGUAGAGAAAAACAGGCACAGUCAAGAGGACCAACAGACUUUGCAUCAGAACUUGCUAAAAAGAUUGGUGCUCCAGCCAUGAUAAUUCCACAGGGGAGUGAUGAGGAAGGUGACGAUGAAGAGGAACCUAAACCAAAGACAAAAGGGAAAGGGAAAAAAAGAACAGAAUCUGAGAGCAGCCAUAAAAAGGCAAAGAAAACCAAAGACAAAUCCUCUAAGAAAAAAGUGCCAGAUGACGAUGCUGACUUGUUUGGUGCCCCUGAUGAAGAUGAUUCCCCGUUCGGUACCUCUGGUGGUCUUUUCUCCUCCAGUAGGGGUAUGUUUGACAACGACAGUGAUGAGGGUGGUCUAUUUGAUGAUGUGGAGAAGGAUGAUGUGAUAGAGGAAGAAAAACCACAGAAGAAGAAGACAUCCAACAAGAAGCCAGCUGGGGGCGUGGCACUAUUUGGUGAAGAUGAUGAUGAGGAGGAUGGUGGAGUGUUUGGGUCCAGUACAAAGGAGAGGAGUGACUCUGUUAAAAAGCCAACAUCUAUAACAGCUCCCUCUACUAAGAAAGCUAGUGGCAGCCGUGGUGGGGGAGGUGGGGGUUUCUUUGAUGAUAAUGAGGACGACGAUGAAGAUGCUGGAGAUUUGUUUGCGUCAUCAAGCAAGAAAACAUCAGGAAUGGAGAAGGAAAAGGAAAAAGCCCCGCCUAAGUCUGCAUUAUUUGAUGACGAAGAUGAGGAAGGUGAUCUGUUCGGCUCGAGCCCUGCAGCAAAACAACCACAGGAGAAAAAGAAACAAGAGAAAACAAAACCGGACAAAAAGCUACCACCAGGUGCGGUGUCUAUGUUUGGUAGUGGACCUAACCCAUUAACUGCUGCCCUCAAGAAACAACGUCCUGCUUCAGAUGAAGAAGACAGUGACACUUCAGCAGGAAACAAGUCCCGUAGUAGUAGUAUUAAAUCUAGCCAAUCACAGUCGUCCUUGUCCUCACGACAAAUUGACCGCGUCAAGAAGGACGGUCGGAGCUCUUCCAGUAACAGUCUGUUUGAUGAUGAUGCAGAUGACGCCUUGUUCCGAGAUCCCCCUAAACCAAGAGCUGAUAGUAAAUCAAAAGCCAAACCAAAAGCAUCGUUGUUUGCAGAGGAUGAAGACGAAGAUGAUGGCUUGUUUGGUAUGGGGAAGAAACCACCAGCAACAGUAAAGAGUACAGAUAAGCCUCGGUCAGGUAGUCUGUUUGGGGAGGAGGAUGAUAACGAUGAAGGAGACAUGUUUGGUGCUGCUCCAAUUAAAUCUACCACAAGUAAAAAACCAGUGGGCGGUGUGUCGUUGUUUGGAGGCGCUGAUAUUCUGGGUAAAAAGAAAGACGAACCAAAACCAGCUCCAGCUCCCGCCCAGAAGCAGGAACCACCAAAGACACAGGCUGCUGUAUCUAAAAAAUCUCCGCUGUCCCUGUUUGAUGAUGAUGAAGAAGAGGAAGUAGAUUUAUUCGGAGGAGGAGGAGCUAGUGGGGGUACAAAAGAACCACAGGUCAAACCAGCUUCUGCAGGAGGAGGGAAACGAGAUUUGUUUGGAGAUGAGGAUGUACUCUUUGGAGGGGCCGAGGAAGAGUCCCCGGGGGUUAAUCUAUUUGGUUCUUCUGCAUCCCCUGGUACCUCACCGGUGAAGAGUUCGCCUGUUCAGUCGAAGACAGCUCCUGCUCCUAAAGUCCCGGUUGCCAAAGUAACACAGAAAGCAUCAUCAGGUCUUUUUGAUGAUGACGAUGGUGAUGAUGAUAUGUUUGGAUCCUCUGUACCGAAGGUACGUGCAGAUAGUGGGGCGACACUCCCUGUGGCUGGGGUGACGACGGAGGAGAGCACAGAUUCACCGAAGAAAGAUGAGCCUGCGAAGUCUCGAAAGCCAGUAGGAGGUGUGUCAAUUCUUGGGGGCAUCAACCCCUUUGCAAACAAACAACAAAGGCCAGCCAGUGAAUCAGAGGAAGAAGAGGAAGAUGUGAUGUCAAAGAAAAUUAUAGAAGAGGACCUACCAAAACCAGUCAAAACCCCAGUGGUAGCCAAACCAUCCCAGUCCGCUCCAAAAGCUGAUCCUCUAUUUGGGGAUGAAGGUGAUGAUUUGUUUACUGUCUCUAAACCUAGUCCCCAGACCUCCACCAAGUCUUCAAAUAAACCUCCUGAGGACGUUUUCAGCCCUAACAAACCAGCCAACAAUUCAGUGCCAAAAUCCAAACCUUCUCCCUUGUCUAUGGAUGAUGAUGAAGACGAUGAUGACUUGUUUGGUCGUAAGCCUCCACCACUACAAAACGACCCCCCAGUCAAAUCAAAGCAGGGGGACUUGUUUGGGUCAUCGCCUUCCUCAGAAAGUGACCUCUUUGGCUCAUCACCACCACCAGAUGAGGAACCAAAAGUGGAGUCACCAAAGGUGAAGAAACCACCAGCAGGAGCUGUAUCCAUGUUUGGGGGAGUGGAUCCAUUUGCAGCCAUGAAGAAAAAACAGCCUGUGGAUAGUAAAAAAGCACCAGAUGGACAAACAGAAGAAGAGCCCUCAGCAUCUGUAACUGAAAAGGAAACUUCACCUAAGGGGAGAGAACUCCCAUCUCCAACUAAACAGCCAGAACCUCCUUCUCCAAACAAGGGGUUUUCACCUUCUUCUCCAACCAAGGGGCCAGGGCUAGGGUCUCCAACCAAGGGACCUGAGCAAAGGUCUCCAACAAAGGGCCCAGUUGGUAAAAUAGGAAAACUCAAGGCAAACAUAGGAAUUAAUCCAGCAGCCCUUCUCCCCGGGGCGGCCCCACCAGUGAAGGAGCCGGAACCUGUCGCUAUAGGAUUUGAUCAGCCUGCUGAAGUUAAAACUCUACACAGUGCCUCCAAGGAUCGUGCAAGAAUACAAACAAAGCGCCGCCCUCCAAGUCGUGUGGCUCGGCAAACACAGGUAGACAGUAGCGGUAGUGAUCUAUUUUCACCUUCAGCACCACCUAGUGGAAACAUCACCAAAGAAAUGCCAAAAACCGUUGUGAAUGACCGAGUGCCCCAACUGACCUCCGAUCUUUUUGGUAAUGAUGACUUAUUGAAUGGUGGUUCUGCAAUCCCUGUGAAACCAGCUCCUUCUGUAGAAGAAAAUGACAUAUUCUCCAGUGGAGCUUUCUCUUCUGGUACUAAAGUUACCAAAUCAAAAAAGGUGGAUGAUGAUGAUUUGUUUGGAAGUCCGACCAAAUCAGUUGUGAAGUCAACGGUUAGUGAGGAUAUUUUUGAUGUGUCUUCUAGUAAAUCGUCAAAGAAGAAAAGUGCAAUAUUGACCAAUGACGAUGACGAUGAUUUAUUUGCAUCAAAAUCAUCUAAAAAAUCUGUAAAGUCGUCUGUCGUAGAUGAUAUAUUUUCAUCGCCAAAAGUGUCAAAACAGUUACCGGAGGAUGAUGAUUUAUUCGCUUCCAAUCCAACCACAAAGGGAGAUAAAUCUAAAGUUCAGCCAUUUAAUGAAGUAUCAAAAAAUGAUUUCCAAGGUGAUGGUGAUAUAUUUAAGGAUGCUAACACACCCAAAAAACCAGAAACAAAACCUGAGGUUGAAAAAAAUCACAUGAACAAUGAUGAUAUAUUUGCUGGAGCCACAGACACUGUGAAAAAGGUGGAAAAACCAACUCCAGAUGAGGAUGAUGACCUGUUUGGAAAGCCCUUAGAAAAAAAGAAGCGCCAAGUGAAGAGAGCUCCCAAGACGAAAGACGAAGAUUUAUUUAAAGACAACACAGACAUUUUUGCUGACGUCCCCGCCUCUAAACCGAAGGAGAAGAAGAAGAAAAAGACUGCAGCAACCGGCUCUAAGAGUUUGUUUAAAGACACAGAUGGUUUAGACGACAUUUUUGGUAAUACUACAUCCAAAACCAAGGCGACCAAGAAGGAGAAGACCAAGAAAACCACACCAGCUGCUGAGAAAAAGACUGCUGUUGAUUCUAAUGAUAUAUUUGAUGAUCCCCUCGGCAACAUGUAAAAAACCAAUCCUGAUUUCACAAGAUGGCCUCCAUCGAACUUUAAAACAAAAUACCCUUGUAAUGUACUUGAAGAUGACCUUGACUAAAAAAUUGUUCACCGUCAUCUUUGACCUUGACAUUUUGCAAAUUGUGAACUAUUUAACUAUGACCUUUAUAUUGAACGUUUCACCUUGAUGAUAACCAUCUGUAAGUGGUGAAUUUUGAAUUUGGUGAUGAAACAGCCAUUAUCAGUUUCCGUGGCGAGGUAUCCAUGACUACACUCAGUCACUCAGACUGUCAACAAACCAUCAAUGUGUUGAAUAAGAAGAAAGUUUAAGUCGUUUGCUUUGAUAAGUUUCUAGGGCAUUUGUUUUCUUGGAUAUAUGUUCAGGUUCAUUAGCCAUAAGUUAUGAUAACAAAACCUUGUGUUAUAAUUUCUGUGAUAUAGUUUGAUAUAUUUUAGUAUUUAUUAGAUUAGAUGCUGACAGUGUCACUCAUAUGGAGGACAUCUUAAAAUUAUGUACAGAUUUUGAUUGCUGUAAAACCUCUGUACAGGUUUUGAUUUCUGUAAAACCUCUGUACAGGUUUUGAUUUCUGUAAAACCUCUGUACAGGUUUUGAUUUCUGUAAAACUACUGUACAGAUUUGGAUUUCUGUAAAACUACUGUACAGAUUUGGAUUUCUGUAAAACCUCUGUACAGAUUUUGAUUUCUGUACAACCUCUGUACAGAUUUUGAUUUCUGUAAAACCUCUGUACACAUUUGGAUUUCUGUACAACCUCUGUACAGUUUUUGAUUUCUGUACAACCUCUGUACAGAUUUGGAUUUCUGUAAAACUACUGUACAGAUUUGGAUUUCUGUACAACCUCUGUACAGAUUUGGAUUUCUGUAAAACCUCUGUACACAUUUUGAUUUCUGUACAACCUCUGUACAGAUUUGGAUUUCUGUAAAACUACUGUACAGAUUUGGAUUUCUGUAAAACUACUGUACAGAUUUUGAUAAAAUUUUGGAAGAACCUUCCAGGACCAAAGAUAAAACUGAAAUCAUUAAUUGUAUGGUCACAGCUUGUAAGGGCAGGACAAAUAUGGGUAGAGUUGUCCUCUUCAGACCUACAUCAUUUUCACUUUACUGUUAGAAGUCUAUAUCUGAUGAAGGACAACUUAAUAUACGUUUACAUUUUUUUGAAAGUCAGAUGAAUUGUUUUCCCCUGAAUUCAAUUUUUUCUUUCAUUUUGCCUCCGUUUUAUUUUGUUGAAAUCAAUACUAUUGAUUUAGACAGUUUGGUUUCUCUGGAAUCACCUCAACCCAAAUAAUUAAAUCAUUGGUGUGUUUUAAUAUUAAAGUUAAUAUUUUUCACAGAAAUUUCAUCAAUGGUUUCCUAGAAUGUACUUUUUAAUAUAGUGGAAACCUUAUGAUCUGGAAGGCUGUGGGUCCAUGGGAAAACUGUUUCAUUUAUCUUGAGUUUUUUAUUUAAGCGAGUAGAAUGUCUGGUGUGAUGUCUAGCCAGUACCCAUAAAAUAUGAAUCAAAUGGAGUCCUUGAGUGAUACGAGUGUGAAAUAACGAGGUUUGACCAUAUAUAGGACGGGUACUUAGACUUACGAAAUAUUCUAUUUAUAUCUGCCCAGUGGGUAGAUAUAUAAAUCAAAAGUGUAUGUUGGAUUCUUUUACUGAGCAGCAAUAGCAAUGGGGGUGGGCUUAUUACUGGUGAUGGGGCUAAAUACUGAAUAUAUACAGUACUACGUCACAUUUAUAAAUACAGCCUGGCAUGGUACUACUUUUUUAUUUACUAAAAAGUAGUGAGGAGUGUCGUCGUUAUCUCGUCUGUCCAAUCCUUUGUCCUGUUGUAACUAUCUUCUCAUUAGAAAGCUCUGUUAUAAUGGCACUCUUUGUGAUUAAAAAUUUGAUGGAUGAAGGGAGAUAUCGGCAUUGCCAUAAAUGCGCAGUAGUAAUGGCUGAUACUUAAGAACAAUGACAAACUAGAGACCUAACAGAGAUAGCAUUCCUGUGAUGUCUGGUACACUGUGUCAGCCAUCUCAAACAGGCAAUACUCUGGUACCCAGGUUAUUGUUAAAUGUUUUAACAGAGAAACAGAAGACAUCACCUUCUUCACUUACAUCCUUAGAGUUUACUAAGAAAUGUAUUGUAUCAGUAUUAGCUAGAGUACCACAUGUUUAAGCUUUACUAACUGUUAAAUAUGGGGUGGUGGUGGCCAUGUGGUUGACGCGUCAGGCCCUUUUUAUCACUAGGCCUCUACCUUUAGGUCAUGGGUCAAGGUCUAAGCGGGACAGUCCCAAGGUACUGGUCACAGAUCAAUGGUUUUUCUCCGGGAACUCUAAAUUUCCUCCAUCAUCCAAACCUGGCACGUCCUUAAAUAACCCUGGCUGUUAAUGGGACAUAAAGCACCAAUAAACAUAACUAUUAAAUACUGUAAAGCAGGUUAUUAUUGAGAAAUUCUUUUUGUGAGGAUGGAAUUUGAAAUUUGAUAUUUGAAAGAUGUCAAUGAAAAAAUUAACAUAGAAAAUUUUUGUUCAUUUCUUGACUAAGAAAUACAACCAUUUGAUGAUAUGUUCUUGAGUGGUAAAAUUCUCCAUUCCCUCCAAAGUAAAAUCUCUCCUGCCCAAGUGUAAAAUACAACAUUCCUUGUGUAAUACACUGUUGUUAUAGAUGUAUGUAAAUACAUUGUUAAAUAUAUAUAUCUUUAUUGAAUAGAAAUAAAUGUAUUUUGAUUGGCUAAAA